CGACUGUUUUCCCAACAAGCGACGCUGGCCGAAACCCAUUGUUUAGGAUCAAGACAAAAAUGGAAGAAGCUCAAGUGGUGCCGGACAUGAUCGACUCUGUCCCGGUUGAUAUCCUUCGAAUUACUUAUGGGGCUCGAACGAAGGUUCAAAUGGGCAACGAGCUGACGCCUACACAGGUGAAGGACCUACCAACCGAGGUCAGGUGGCCAACUCAACCCAAAGCCUUGUACACUCUGAUAAUGGCUGAUUUGGAUGCCCCUUCGCGUGCUGAUCCGAAGGAUCGCGAAGG